UGUUCCUCUUUGGACAGAAAAAAACACUGCCACCAAUCCCCAAUCCGACAGUACGCCGGCCGGAUUCGGCCUCCGCCGUAAUUCCUUUCUUGAAGAUGGGGAGGAUCUGCCGGCGGCUCCUUUGCCGGAGUACAGGCCACAUCAGCGGAGGAGAAGGCCAUGCCGCCGCCGCCCCCGUUCCUCUCUCCGGCAACCGCUCGGGGGAUGGGGGACGCCGGCGGCUGCCGGAGCCGUGCCGUGGAGCAACCAAUGACGAAGCGGGAGGAUCUGCCGGCGGCUCGGGGUAAGACAACGGCACAUUGAAGCCCUUUAGUUUUAGCUCCAUACUGCUCAGUGACAUGUGUGUUGCUGUCCAAAGGAAAGUGGCGUUGACAAUACAUCAUAAUAGCAUUGGUAAUGAAGAUGAAGAAAUGGUUAUCUUAUAAGUAGCCAACUGGCCCCACUAGAACAACUACAGACAAUAGAUUACUCACACCGUUCCUUUCGUAGUAUUGUUUAUUAAGUUGGCACGCAUCACAUUGCUUGUUGGAGUACACGAAGUCCUCAAGUCUUCUUCCCCUAUGGCAUCAGCGUUAGUAAUGAACAGGGAAAGUGGUUAUCUUAUCUUAUAGAUAGCCAACUGGCCUCAUUAGCACAGGAAGGUGCAACGAAAAGUAGACCCUUCAACACACUCAAAAUAUGUUGGCCAUUUAUCGGGUUGAAAUUUGUGACUGCUGUCCUGGAAGCUUAGCGUUUCAAAAAGGAAAACUCUCAGGGGAUGCUGGGAGCCUGUGUUCCAUCUCAAGAAGAUUGACCGUGUUGUCUGUCACCACCUCCACGAUGACAUGACCUGACACAGCCUUGUAAGAGGCGCCAACAGCCUGCGCAGCAAUUAUGGGUCGCCCAAGGUGCCUGACUAAUGAGGGUUGUUGGUCAGAAGAAGGUUCCUCCCCUUGAUGGAGUGGAAAGUGUUGGAGAAAACAAACUAAUCCUGAAGAUGCUAUACGGAAGCAAAGUUAUUUUAUUACGGACAAGCGUACAGCUGCUGUUUCAAUAUUGUUGUAGCUAGCGUGUGGAAUCAAUCAAUGAAACCAAACGCAUCCACAUGUAGUACCUCUCCCAGAAAGUCAAUUAGCUAGCAUUUGCUUCCAUCUUCCUCGCAAGCAAGCAAGCUUCUUCUCCACCUUGCACCACAUUGGUGCUUCCCUGUGUUCUUGCGAGUCCUUGGUUUUCCAAUGGCAGCGGUGGUGGCCACCAUGGUGGUCGGGCCACUGGUCAAAAUCGUGAUGGAGAAGGCAUCCGGCAGCCUCCUCGACCAGUACAAGGUGAUGGAGGGCAUGGAGGAACAACGUGACAUCCUGGAGCGCAGGCUGUUAGCCAUCUCGGACGUCAUUACUGACGCUGAGGAGGUGGCAUCCCACAGAGCAGGGGCGAAGGCUUGGCUCGAGAAGGUCAAGAAUGAGGUUUACCUGGCGAAUGAAGUCUUCGAUGAGUUAAAGUACGAGGCGCUUCGUCGUGAAGCACAAAAUAAGGGGCACUACAAGGAGCUUGGCUUCAAUGUGGUAAAACUCUUUCCCACUCACAACCGUUUUGUAUUCCGUAACACGAUGGGAAGAAAGCUCCGCAAGGUUGUGCGGUCCUUUGAGGUCCUUGUGGAUGAAAUGAAUAAAUUUGACUUUAGACGUCAUCAGCCACCGCCCGUAUCUAACCAGUGGCGGCAGAAUGAUCAGGAUAUCUUUGAUCCGAAGAAAAUCAUCAGCAGAUCGAGAGCCAAAGAUAACAAGAAAAUUGUUGAUAUACUAGUUGGUCAAGCUAACAAUACAGAUCUCACAGUUGUUCCCAUCGUUGGAAUGGGAGGUCUGGGCAAGACCACGUUAGCUCAACUUGUUUACAAUGACCCUGCAAUUCAGAAGCAUUUUGAUGUGCUGAUAUGGGUGUGUGUCUCUGACAGCUUUGAUGUGAUCUCUCUUGCUAAAAGUAUAGUUGAAGCAGCCCUGGAGAAGCAUUAUGGUGAAGAAGCAGUUACUUCCAAGAAGAAGAAGAAGACACCUCUAGAUAGCCUUCAGAAUGUUGUGAGUGGGCAAAGGUACCUCCUAGUCUUGGAUGAUGUCUGGACACGAGAGGUUCAUAAAUGGGAACAACUCAGGGCCUGCCUUGAACAUGGUGGCAUGGGUAGUGUGGUCUUGACAACAACUCGUGAUGAAGGAGUUGCAGAAAUAAUGGGUACUAUUGAAGCUUAUAAUCUUGGAGCUUUGGGAGCACAAUACAUAGAGGAAAUUAUCAAGACAAUUGCAUUCAGCCGUUUUAAAAAGGAAGAGGAAAGGCCCGCCGUGUUGGUGAGUAUGGUUGGUGAGAUUGUGGAGCGAUGUGCUGGGUCUCCUUUAGCCGCAGUAGUGUUGGGCUCUGUACUGCGCACCAAGACCAGUGAGGAAGAAUGGAAGGCUAUAUCAAGCAAAAGCAACAUUUGCGCCAUGGAAUCUGGAAUCUUGUCGAUACUCAAGCUCAGUUACAACGACUUACCACAAUAUAUGAAGCAAUGCUUUGCUUUUUGUGCUAUAUUUCCCAAAGAUUACGAGAUUGAUGUGGAAAAACUGAUCCAACUAUGGAUUGCACAUGGCUUUCUUGUCGAAGAAAAACUAGUUCGUCCUGAGACCAUUGGGAAACAGAUUUUCAGUGAGUUGGCCUCAAGGUCAUUCUUUCAGGAUGUGAAGCCAGUCCAAGCCACGGUCAAGGAAAUGGGAGACCCCGGGUCGUGUUAUUGCAGAACUACAUGUAAAAUUCACGACCUUAUGCAUGAUGUUGCACUGUCUGUAAUGGACAAGGAAUGUGCCUUGGCAACCGAGGAACCAAGUCAGAGUGAGUGGCUUCGAAACACUGCUCGUCAUUUAUUUUUGUCAUGCAAGGAUCCAGAAAGAAAAUUGAAUAGUUCUCUACAGAAAUGCUCUCCAGCUAUCCAUACUCUUUUGUGUGAUGAUUAUAUGGGAAGCUCGUUGCAGCAACUAUCAAGAUAUAGCUCUUUACAAGCACUAAAACUAUGUUUAGGUUUAUCAUUUCCGCUAAAACUAAAGCAUCUACAUCACCUGAGGUACCUAGAUCUCUCAGGAAGUCGUAUUGAAGCACUUCCCGAAGAUAUGAGCAUUCUGUACAGCCUGCAAACCCUGAACAUCUCUGUCUGCAAAUAUCUUGGUGAACUUCCAAGACAACUCAAGUACAUGACAUCCCUCCGUCACCUUUACACUCAUGGUUGCCCACAGUUGAAGGGUGUGCCUAGAGACCUUGGGAAUCUGACAUCCUUGCAAACAUUUACGUGUUUUGUAGUAGGAAGUGGCUCUCAUUGUAGUAAUGUUGGAGAGCUCAGGAAUUUAAACCUUGGUGGUCAACUACAGCUACAUAAUGUAGAGAACAUGACAGAAGAAGAUGCAAUAGCUGCUAACCUUGUGAAUAAGAAGGAACUAAGAGAACUGACAUUAAGAUGGUCCACUGGAGAGAAUGAUGCAAGAGUACUGCUGCAGAAUCUCAAACCUCAUGAUGGGCUUUAUGCUAUAAGGAUACACAACUAUGGAUCCACCACCUUCCCAGCUUGGAUGGUUAUGUUGCAAAACAUUGUUGAGAUCCAUCUUUUCUGUUGUCAUAAACUACAGUGGUUAUUCAGCCGUGACCGUGAUACAUCCUUCGCAUUUCCAAGUCUAAAGCAGCUUACGCUAAAAAAUCUUUCCUGUUUGGAGAGAUGGUGGGAAAUAGAUAAUGAUGGGAUGCAAGGAGAAGAGAUAAUGUUUCCUCUGCUUGAGAAGUUGUUUAUUCUUAACUGUGAAAGGUUCACAGCGUUGCCAGGACAACCAACAUUCCCUAACCUCCAGGAUGUUUAUAUUAAAAAAUGUCCACUGUUGGCAACUACAGCUAAAUCACCGAAGCUCAGUGUAUUAACAGUGGAAGGAAAUGAGGCAGAGUUGUUCAUGUGGGUAGCUAGACAUACGACUUCAUUGACCAAGCUGAAACUGCAGAGCCUUGAAGAAAGUACAGAAACAACGUCGGCAGCGGUUGAGCGUUGUUUGAGGGAAGUGGGGAACAACAAGGAAAAAUGGAAUGGUCAUGAUUUUCCUCUGGCACUGUUGGUGUUAAAAAACUUGAAGUCAGGUGUAACAGAGUUGUGUGCAUGUUUUGUACACCUUCAAGAUCUGUCAAUUUUGAGGUCUCGUGCGCUUGUCCACUGGCCAGAAAAAGAGUUCCAAGGAUUGGUAUCCUUGAGGAAGCUUGUGAUUGAUAGGUGCAAUAAUCUGACUGGAUAUGAACAUGCACCUGCUGAGUCAUCAACUUCAUCAGGAAGGAGACAGCUCCUGCCACGUCUAGAAUCUCUGACGAUAACAAAUUGCAGCUCGUUGGUUGAGGUCUUCAACAUCCCUGCCUCUCUCAGGAGAAUGGAUAUUAGUGGUUGUGGAGUCCUUGCAUCCAUAUACGGCAGGAGGCUGAAGCAGGGAGAGUUAAGGAUUCAUCAAGGGCCAUCUAGCAUACAGGAGGUGUUAUCAUCUUCAUCACCCGGAGCUUGGGCGGAGCAUUUGGAAGAACUAACAUUACGCUAUUGCCAUAGCUUAACAGGGGUCCUCCAUCUUCCCCAGUCCCUCAAGCACCUAAGGAUUCGGGGCUGCGGUGGGUUGACAUCUCUGGAAUCCCGUUCAGGAGAGCUCCCAUCAUUGGAGUUCCUCGAGCUCGUGGGAUGCAAUACCUUGUUGUCCAUAGCAGAUGGGCCACAGGUAUACUCAUCUCUCCAGUAUCUUGGCAUUAGAGGUUGCCCUGGUAUGAAGACGCUCCCUACAAGCCUGCAGCAACAGCUGGGCAGUAUGCAGGAGGAAUACAUAGAUGCCCAUGAUUAUGGAAAUACGCGAAGGCCUACUCUGCUGAAACCCAAGACGUGGAAAUAUGCCAUCCGGAAAGAUUAGAGAGCUUCAGAGCUAUAAACAUAAUCACAGGACUGCCAGUAUGGAAGUUUUCCCUCAGACUUCUUGCAGCACAUACAGACGGGGAAUAAAUCACUUGGAGUAGAAGUAUUUUUUUGCAAGACUCAACAAGUUGUUACCAUGUUGAACAGCGAAAUCAGUAAUCAAAAAGCACGGCUAUAAUACUAUUGUAGUGUAUCUCUUUUCCAACAAGCACGAUGACAUUCUGCCCUGGCCGGAGUCAAUUUAUUUGUCGAAAUUCUGUCACAGUUUUCCAGCUUUAUUUAUGGACUUGUAUAGCAGUACCACCACUAUUUACAGUCAACACUCUGUUUACCAUGCAUAACAGUGCUGCUAUUUUUGACUUGUA